CUGAGACGAUCCACACCAGCCUUGGCGCAAUGACGAACGCCGCACCGCCGAGGAUCCAUCAACACUCUUACCUAUCUCCAGGCUCCCACAUCCGUCUGAUACCGGUCGCAUACAUCGAGUCAACUAUUGUAUCACUUCCAAAUACCGAUUAAAGCCUUGUCGCAAUCGCCCCGCAUCAUGUCUUUCCAGCGCAGCGCAGCUCUCGAGAGCCAGCCUACCAACUGGAGGCGUGAGGACGAUCCUUCGUACGCCGAUGACCCAGAGUUCCGCGACUUUGCCAGCAAGAUCUCAGACGACCUGUUCGCACUCACUCGAAAUGUCGCACGCCUAUCAACUGAGCUCUCGAAGCUUGGGACCAAGCACGAGACAGCACGAGUACGGGAGAGGGUCAAGAGCACGACAGAGGAGACAGCAGAGAAGUUCAAGGAAAUCGGAGAAGGCGUGAAAAAGAUCAGUCAAUGGCCUGAUGUUGGGCCAUCGCAGAGGUUCACGCAGUCAAAGCUUAGCCGCGAGUUCAAGGCGUCUCUUACUGAAUUCCAACAACUGCAGAAGCAAGCUCUUGAGAAAGAGCGAGCAUCAGCAACCGCAGCACGUGCAGCUCUUGACGACCAAGCAUCGCCUAGCGCAGAACGCACCGAGUUCGGCCAGCAGCAGGAGCAGGAGCAGCUCCGUCUGGCAAAUCAAGACGAGGUGGAUUUCCAAGAGUCGCUUAUCAUCGAGCGUGAGUCUGAGAUUCGCAACAUCGAGCAGUCGGUUGGUGAGCUCAACGAGCUCUUUCGCGAUGUUGCGCACAUGGUGCACGAACAGGGAGCGCAGCUUGAUAUCAUUGAGGAGAACGUUGAAGUCACACACGAUGCUUCGAGAGGCGCACAUGUGAACUUGAAGCAGGCGAGCAACUACCAGAAGAGCGCGAGGAGUAAGGCGUGCAUUCUCCUACUAAUCCUGGCCGUCGUUCUGGUUAUCAUAAUCCUGGCCGUGGUACUGGACUAAGCCUUGUCUGCGUCCUUUACGAUCUGAUCUUUGCUAGCGAUUUCAACCAUACGAGGAGCUCUUAUACCAUGGCGUGGGGCGUGUUUUCGAAUUUCAUUCAGCUACAGUCUUUUGCAUGUUUCGCAGCGUUGAGGUAGUGUACAAAUAAUGCAAACGCUGCAGUUUUCAUUCGUUGUCGACGU